AUGACAAAUUUAGGAAUCCUUUUCGACGAAUGGCGCGAUGAGGUAAAUUUCGAGGCUAGAAACUCAGCAUAUGACUAUUAUGUGCCUACAAGGGAUAAAUUUAUAGGCGCUCAUGCUGCUUUAUAUGGUUCUUCAAGUUGGUUCAAUACCAAUUAUAGUAUAAGUGAAUGGCUAAGAAUUGGAGUUGAAGCUCAAAAACUUGUUCUGGAUGAUAAUGCUAUUGGUGCACGGACUUCUGGUCCCAGUAUCACAAUAGAUGGUUCUAUAGGCUACAAGUUCAUCAAAUCGUACGUUCGAGAUUAUGGUUAUGGAGCUGCUUCAGUGUAUAAUCAUACUUAUGUCGUGAAUUUCUUCACUUCUGGAACAAAUUGGAUCAAUUUUGAUGGUGUUGAGGCUAUAAGAGCAAAAGUUUCUUAUGUAAAAGAAAAAGGGCUGCUUGGGUACAAUGUGUUUCAGCUUUCUAAUGAUGACAAAUGGGAGCUUUCUUCAGCUGUUCAAAAGGAAAGUACUGAAGAUCAGCGAAACAAGCCACGGUUACUGAUAAUAAUUCUUGUUACAGUAGCAAUACUUAUGCUGCUUCUUAGUGCCAUAAUUUGCUACUUGAAAAGAAGAGUACUCAAAUCAACAGCUGCUGAAAAACUUAACAAUGAUGCAAAUAAGUUGCAAGUAUUCAGUUUUACAACAAUUAAAGCGGCUACAAAUAGCUUCUCGAGCAAUAAUAAGCUCGGCGAGGGUGGAUACGGUCCUGUCUACAAGGCGAGGUUAAUUAAGGGACAAGAAAUAGCAGUCAAGAGACUUUCAGAAACUUCUCCUCAAGGACUUGAAGAGUUCAAGAAUGAAGUUGAGCUUACUGCAAGGCUUCAUCAUGUAAAUCUUGUACGAGUCUUGGGAAUUUGCACUGAAAAGAAAGAAAAGAUGCUGAUUUAUGAACACAUGCCGAAACAAAAGCUUGGAUUUCUACAUCUUUGA